AGAUUUUUGAUAUAUUGUCUAUUCAUGGUUGUUACAUAGUACUAUUCAAAUAAAAAAAGUACCUAUACAACUUGAAACUUGAACUUUCAUUAAUUCAGAUAAAAAAAUUCAACAUUAUUCAUGGAUAGAAAAUCUCUCAAUAACUUGCCUCUGUGUGUAAAUCAUGAAGACUCGGGAACAAGUUUGAAGAAGAAAAAAGAAAGGGAAAAUCGUAAUUCUGUCAACAGCGAUGUUCUCCAUGAUUGGAGUCAAAGAGACUCGUGGGUCACCAUAUCUCUUAUCACAAGUGGAGGACAUGAUGAAGCCAAAGCUAAAGUGGAGGUGUUGUCAAACCAUGUCAGUAUAACCCUUGCUGAUGGAAGGAGAUUUUCAACUAAACUUUAUGCUGAAGUGGUGCCACAGGUGUACGAAAAACUCCAGAAAAGCAACAAAUUUGUUGUGAAGCUUAUGAAGCAUGAUCCACUUCUAAACUGGCCAACAUUAAUGCCAAGUGAUAUUGCUAGCAACAAGAACAGGAGCAACAAUUGCAUGAAUCAGAAUGUCAACAACAACAACAACACAAUCAACAAGAGUCAGGCCAGAAGAGAUGGAGGGGAUGGAGUUCCUCUGCCUGAAGUAGUUUGUGACAAAACUGCAGACCCCAAAGAAAAUAUUGUUUUAAUUAAAGAUCAAAAAAUUAAAUUAGAUUUUUAUGAACCUAAUGAUGCCAAUCAACUUACGCUUUUCAUUUACAUUAAAAAAAUUGUCAAAGAGUCUGUGAAAGUCUCUUUCUCUGAGAGAAAUGUGACCAUCCGUUUCAGCACAAGUGACUCUCAAUUCCUGGCGAGCGAGCCUGGCUCCAACAGCUCGACCGUGUUUGUUUACGAGUUGCCACUCCUGGGAGCCAUCUUGCCGGACCAAGGAUCCCAUGUUGUUUCCAACACCAAAAUGGAGAUCAAAAUGAAGAAAGCUAAGCCUGGACUCUGGCAAGCCGUGUCUCCUUGCAGUGCUGCACCUGCAAUGAACGUUAAAGAGAAGACCAUGGAUGCUGUGAGUUCUCCUGCGCCUCCUCCUCCGCCUACCCCGCCCACUCCUGUCCAGCACAGAAAGCCAACAUGCCAAGUGUUGCCAUCUCCCAGCAAUCGCAUGGAGGACAAGUUUAUGUUCAGCAGCAGCAGCAGUAGCAGUUCUGGCCUGUACAGCAGUGGGGCGCUGUCAACGUACGGCAGCAGCAGCGGCGCCCCAGGCUACAUGGGGCUUGAGAACAUCGGCAACACCUGCUUCAUGAACAGCGUGCUGCAGACCCUGCUCAACACCAGGGAACUGCGACACUACUUCCUCUCGCCACAGAACUACUACCAGAAGGAGCUCAACAAGAGAAACCCACUGGGCCAGGGCGGCAAGUUGGCUGUUGCGUUCGCUGUGCUUAUGAACGUCGCAUGGAACCAAAACUGCAGGUCGUUCGCGCCCACGAAGCUGAAGGCCGUCAUGUCUCUUAAAGCCAACCAGUUCUCGGGCUUCGCUCAGCACGACGCCCAGGAGCUCAUGGUCGAGAUGCUCGACGGUCUGCAUGAGGACCUGAACCGUGUGCGAGAGAAGCCCUACUGCGCGGAGCCUCCAGAGCUGGAUGGCUGGAGCGACGUUGACGCGGCAGCCAAGUCUUGGCACCUACACAAGCUCCGCAACGACUCCGUCAUCGACGACCUCUUCAAAGGGCAGUUCCGCUCAGCGCUCACCUGCCACGAGUGCGGCAAGAUCUCCGUCAAGUUCGACGAGUUCUGCUGCCUCUCCGUGCCCAUCCCCAAGGAUCAGAAGGUGGUGGAAGUGACGUUCUUCUACAAACUCGCCCUACAACGGCCCGUGAGACUGAGCGUGCGCAUCAACGCUGACGCCGGCCUGGAGGACCUCAAGAGAGAAAUUGGCCUAAAAGUGAAGGUUAAUCCUCUGUGCAUCGAAAUCCUCGAGGUCUUCAAGCAUCGAGUGCAGAAAAUAUUCGACAGAGGGUCUUCUAUCGAGAGCAUCGAGCAUAACGAUGUACUCCUAGCUUUCGAAGUACUGAUCCCUGAGCAGGUGGGGGGCGAGGAGGUGGUGCAGCUGUGCGUGACGCAGCGUCUCAGCUCCCCGCCUCGUCCCGGCCGCUGUGCUUGUUGUGGCAGAGCUGGAGACUCAGAGCUUCGCAUCAGUCGGUGCCAGAAGUGCCUCACCGUCGGCUACUGCAGCAGGGAGUGCCAGAAGACGCAUGCGCCGCAGCAUUCGAGCUCGUGUCGGUUCGUACACGAGCCAGUGGGCGCGCCAUUCAUCAUCUCGAUGCCGAAGAGCCACGCGACGUACGCUAACCUGACGCGCGCCAUGGAGAGCUACGCGCGUCACUCGGUCACCGUCUUCCAGCCGCCCGUCACCGCCAUGCAUGGCCCAGGCAACAGCAGGGGCGCUGUAGGAGGCGUGCAGCGCCAAGUCCCCGGCAGGAGGCAAGACUCCACGUCGAGCUACAGCAACUCCGACGACGAGAUCACGGCCUUCGAUGAAGUCAUUGGUGGCGGCGCUAAUGCGACUGAAAGCAUGGAUGUUGAGAUGGAGACGGCAGGAUCGUGUGACGAGGAAGAAAUUUUCGACCAGACCGGCGACGACGUGUUUGACGUGGGCGCCCAGGCGGCGAGCUGCCCUACCAAGCAACCCAGCAGCGCAGGCGUGUGCGCGGUGCCGCCACAGGUGGAGCGGCCGAGCGCGUCCCAGCAGCUGUUCACCGUCGUGCCCGUCAGCUCGCGGGGCCAGUCUCUGCAGCACCGCGGCCCCCUCGUCGACCUUGGCGAUGAACCUUUGGACCUGGACAACACCUUCUACUUGGCCAUGGACUGGAAAACUGCUGCGUCCAACACAAACGACGUCGUGUGCCUCAUCAACAACAAGGAUAUUGACUGCGAGGACAUGGAGCCCAGUGCCUCGUACGUGGGCCCUUACGGUCGCGGUGGCCGCCAGAGCACGACGCUGCAAGCCUGCAUGGACCUCUUCACGCAGCCCGAGAACCUGUCCGAGGGCGACUCCUGGCGCUGUCCUAGAUGCAAGAAGCCGGUGGAAGCUACAAAGCAAAUGAGCCUGUGGAAGCUGCCACCUGUUCUCAUUGUGCAGCUCAAGAGAUUUUCCUUCAAAUAUGUUCUCUACAGCGACAAGAUCGACAAGUUUGUCAAGUACCCCGUCAACGGCCUGGAUGUGGGUGCUCACAUCGCGCCUGGUGGAGGUGACGGCGGGAGUUCUCUGUACGACCUGUACGGCGUGGUGAACCACAUGGGGCGGCUGCUGGGUGGCCACUACACGGCGUACGUGCGCACGCUGCGCGAGAACAGCAGCGACGCUGAAAUAGACUGGCGUCUGUGUGACGACUCCCGAGUGGUGGACGUGUCAGAAGAUCGUGUCGUGAACGACCAGGCCUACCUGUUGGUCUAUCGACGGCGCGACACUCCGUUCAUUCUGCCCUCCCUGACUCAAGACCCCACCAUCGAGAUGUCUACGGACGUCAUCUCGCCCAUGGACAGUAAUGUCUUGUCAAACAGCAACACCAUCCCCAACGGGAACAUCAUCAGCUCGAGCAACAUCAUUAGUAAUGCUGCGAUGCCACCAGCCAACACCUCUUCAAACUUCGACGCCUUGCUCACUACCGUAGUGUCGCGCCCUCAGUCCAGCGUUGUGCAUGUACAAGCUGCACCAAUGGGAAGCACGUCAGUCACCGUGUCCCCUAUGACUGCAAGCAGUUAUGGUGCUGCAGGUGCUGACAUGCCGCACUCAAAUUUACACAACAUGCGAAUAUCCAGGGAAAAUAUUGACAGCACUCAAAUUGCUCAGCACUUCACUAUGAUCAACACAGGCGAUAAUGCUGAUCGUACCUUCACUCCUGCGUCUCCAUCUUCGCCGCUUCACUGCAGCAACGCCACGUCAACCAUCAACACAAACGAUGCCGUGUGUGGAAACCUUGUCUCCACCAUCAGUAUUGAUGACGAAAUGCAAUCGACUUACGUGCCUGCGACUCCCGGACAUUUCUUACCUACUGUUCUCGACUCUCGAACACCUGUAGGACAGGUGCCGGAAUCCACUUUUUCUGCUUCGCCGUUCACUUCAGCUACUCGCCCCAUGUUCAUUGCCGGUCUUAAUUCUGAGAACAGAAACAUUGGCAACAACUUUUAUGAACCUGUCGCUUACACUGUGGACUCAGAAAUCGGACUUGGACGCGGAUCUGGCACUGUGGAAAGCACUCCUUCGGAUUGCGGUGUAAUUCUUGACGAAGUAACUCCCAUGUCCGUGUCGUCAGCCUCGCAACCAUCGCUCUCUAGCACUGAAGAAGAGUCCAUUAGCACCGCACAGGAAGAACUCGAUUGAUGAGAAUUCUUGCGCCUUGGAAUCGGAUUUUUUCCCCCGUUCAAAAUGGGCAUUGGGGGUUCGGUCUCUCGGCUUUUUUUCUAUGUCACUUAUUCUUAUUUUCUUUUGGCAUAAGAGAUGAGCUUUUCAAGGCCUGUGACUAGUACAGGCAUGCAUGAACACAGGAGAUCUCCGCUACUUUAUUUAUUGAAUUCUGUCUUUAUAUCAAGGACACAGCUAGGCACGUUGUCUAUUUUCCCAAUACCCGCUAUGGUAAAUUUGACACUUUUUUUGUGCCCACAGGAUAAUAACUUUAUAUUACUAAGUUCAUCAGACGAAUAUAAUAACUUUAUAUCUACUAAGUUUAUCAGACGAAAACUCGUAUCGUUUGAAGUAUACCGGUAUAUCAAUAGACCACAGUAGAUCCACCCAAAACAAAGUUUUCGUUUAUAAUUUAGAACAAGCUGUUGCUCGCAGUUUAGUUGUUGGCUUGUAUUCAUACCUGGCUGAUCAGCAUUAUUUAACGUGAAUCAUUAUUACCUGCCUCAGCUUUUGCAGAGUACUAUUAACGGCAGCAUGCGAAGUGGCUUCGAACUCGAGAAAUUUUUACAACUCUUUUUAUUUGCAGUGAAAAAUUGAGUCAAGACAUUGAAUAAUGAGCGAUUUCAACAUUAAAAUAUCUACGUCAGUGGUAGAGAAAAAGUCGAGAUGUUAGAAAAUUGGUAAUGCGGGUUACUAGCGCCCCCGGAAAGACUAUUUUUGGUUGACACUUUCAUUCUAUUCGCAUCAAUAUUCAUCAGUUUGGCAGGCAACUGAUGUCCUCCAAAGCGUUGUUGGUAAUGUUUGUGCUGGCUUAAUCAUUAAAAUAGCCCAAUAUCUUUCCACAUUUAUCUAUACGUCGGUCAGCUAUCUCUUUGAUUCACUUGAUCUCCAUCUUGUUAUUUUCUUCUUUAGCUCUUCGUGUGUGGUUCAAUAGCGGUACAUAUAUUCACCCAUGUAUAGCCUGUACAUUAUCUGUGUAUAUGCUGUCAGGCUUCAGCUAGGAUCCUUCUACUCGCGCUGUAAAGGAUCCUUCUACUUGUACUGUAAAGGAUCCUUCUACUUGUACUGUAAAGGAUCCUUCCACUUGUACUGUAAAGGAUCCUUCUACUUGUACUGUAAAGGGUCCUUCUACUUGUACACUGUAAAGGAUCCUUCUACUCGUGCUGCAAAGGAUCCUUCUACUCGUGCUGCGAAGGAUCCUUCUACUCGUGCUGUAAAGGAUCCUUCUACUUGUGCUACAAAGGAUCCUUCUACUCGUGCUGUAAAGGAUCCUUCUACUUGUACUGUAAAAGAUCCUUCUACUCGCGCUGUAAAGGAUCCUUCUACACGUGCUGUAAAGGAUCCUUCUACUUGUACUGUAAAAAGCGGUGUACUUACUAAGUUGUCUGUUAAUUUCUCCCUUAGGCUAAAGAAUAUUUAUUAGCUUGGCUGUAGUAACGGUGUCGCAGCUCUACUCUAUGAAACAUAAUUAAGUUGACAUGCAUCAUUGUGUGCAAGGCUUGAUCAUUGGAAGUUUUUCGCCUUUCGCAGAGUAACUCUUUCAGAAAGAGAUUUCUCCGAUUGGUCCUAAGGCUAAUGUCUAAUUUUUGUGGUGGUUAAAAAUUUCAAAUUUUAUACAGCGUUAGUUGAGGAAAGAGGCAUGCAUUCGUGUGGGAAUUAUGCGUUUUUUUCACAUUGCCUAGUACCAAAUUUGAGGGAGGGCCUAUACCAUCAGAUUAUAGAGUGGAAAAAGUGAAAGGCUAUUGCUCGGAUUUGGAACUUUGUCUUGCCUGAACUUUAUCUACGUCGAACAUAAAAUGGAUUAUGCCCCAGCUCUAAUUUUUAAUGUGAAAUAUUUUAGGAAGGAGGAUUCAAUAAAAAUGUACACCUUGCUUUUGAUUUGUAACUUUUUUUAUAUUUGCGGUAUAAAAUCCAAGUUUUAUCAAUUACAACAUGUGAAGGGAGUCAAACAUUUCCGACUUCGAAUGACAUAAGUUUAAAGAAUUGAAAAAUUUCGUUAGUUUUUCUAUUAUAUUCAUUGAUUUUUGUUAAUCAUGAAACAAAAAUGCAUGUCUAAAGGAUGGGUUGUACACUGCUGACCUUAAAUAGUAUUUCUAUCGCUUUUAUUUGGUAUCUGAGUAGCUUGUAGUUCCAUCUCCCCACACCUCGAGUACAAAGAGCCGCCUGGCUACAACAGCCUUCUGGCCCUGUCCUGCAUGCGCCGUCGAAGAGACCCGAGUUUUGCUCGCGAGUCUCUUGCGUGUCACUGCAGUCGUGCGCAAACGGAAAGAAAUUUCACGUUGUUUGACACUCUUAACCUCAACGGCGGAAAGUAUAUAGUGUGUACAGCUUGAGUAUUUUAUAGAAACUGAUGUUCACAAAAAGAGCAUUCAUGUUAAAACCUGUUAUUCAUUCGACGUCUUGCUAGAGAUGCGACUUCGAAUUUGAUUAUAGUAGCUGUGUUGUAGUUGAAUUCACUCCUCACUUUUUACUUUUUGCACCCUGGGUUUUCACCUUUGUUCACAGCUGAGUUUGGUUCUGAAAAUUUUGUAUUUGAUAAUAAGUUGCUGUGCGUCAGUGUCCAAGCAAGCGGUAUUUAAUGAUUCUGAAUAAAUCAGUGUAGCAGCGAAUUGAAA